UUUAACCCUAUUGCGCCUGCGCAGUGCGUCCUUCGUGUUCUUCGAAGCUUCGCCGGGCGCCAUGGACGACGAGGAGGAGACGUACCGCUUGUGGAAGAUCCGGAAAACCAUCAUGCAGCUGUGUCACGAUCGAGGCUACCUGGUCACCCAGGAUGAGUUGGACCAGACCCUGGAGGAGUUCAAAGCCCAGUUUGGCGACAAGCCCAGUGAAGGGCGACCCCGGCGGACAGACCUCACUGUGUUGGUGGCCCACAAUGACGACCCCACCGAUCAGAUGUUUGUCUUCUUCCCAGAGGAGCCAAAGGUUGGGAUUAAGACCAUCAAGAUGUACUGCCAGCGGAUGCAGGAGGAGAACAUCACCCGGGCCCUCAUUGUGGUGCAGCAGGGCAUGACCCCCUCAGCUAAACAGUCUCUUGUAGACAUGGCUCCCAAAUACAUCCUGGAGCAGUUCCUUCAGCAAGAACUGCUGAUCAACAUCACUGAACACGAGCUGGUUCCCGAACACGUUGUCAUGACGAAAGAGGAGGUGACCGAGUUACUGGCCCGAUAUAAGCUCCGAGAGAACCAGCUCCCCAGGAUACAGGCCGGCGACCCGGUGGCUCGCUACUUUGGAAUCAAGCGAGGCCAGGUGGUGAAGAUCAUUCGUCCCAGCGAGACGGCCGGGCGAUAUAUCACCUACAGGCUGGUGCAGUAGCUGACAAAACUACUUUGCAAGGUACUCUUUAUCUCCUUACCUUAAGAGGAAAUGUGGGCAGCCUCCUUUUAGAGAGAUCUGCUUCGCUGAGAAAUGCUUCACUGACAGAUUUUGAACAGCGUACCUAACAAGAUACAAACACUUCUCCUGCCGCCUCGUGGUUCCGUCAAUUUUCCGUACGCCAUGCGGCGCGGAGACUGCAAACCUGCCUUCCCGGUAACCACAAGGAUUGGAAAUUGGGGCGUACGUGUUUGUGUCUCUCCUCCUUGGAGGGAAAGCCCAGGCCGGUGGGGAGUCUUCUUGGACAAACGAUUGCUGCUUCGAACCAACCAAGCUUCUAGAUCUCAUGAUCUGAAGUGGAACCGGUUGCUAACGUCACAAUAAGCACCCUGCUGAUAAUUCCACCCCCAACUGAACUGGGCCCAGGAGAACCUACGUAGAGGCCUCUCUGCCUUUAAAUUGCGCUUGCAAUAAACCGUUUGCGAGAAAAAGGGUUUUCUGGACUCCUGAGAAUGUUCCUCUUCCUUUCUCUGUUUCGCUGAUCUCUGCUGGGGGAAAUCCGCCUCUCUCGAAAGGAUCCUCGACUGUCUUGUCUUAAUAAGGUUAUCAUUUCAAUAAAGCGUUAGAACUAAU